CUCCAUGCCAAAACCAUGUGUGUUUGUUAUUGUUUCAUUGAUUUCAAUUUGUGCUCUUAAACAAAGUUGUUUCAUUUGAAGCGUUGUAGUUAUUGUGAUGUUUUAAGUUUAGUGGUACGUUUGUCAACGUAAACACCAUGGUAAAGAUAUUUUGUAAACUUUGCCUGCAAUAUAUUGCUGCGACUGACUGGAAGAGCCACGUUGCUCAAAAACAGCACUUACAAGAACUGCCGGCGAAAAUAGUGGUCAAAGGACCAUUCAAACAAGAUGAAAUUCAUAGAGUGUUCGAACACUUUGUGAAAUUUGGGGGCAUAAGGGGCCAAAGUGUCACAAACAGCGGUAAUAAUGUUUCUAUAGAAUAUCGAUUUUGGGAUGCCAGAGUGUAUUCGGAAAUUAUCCACCAAGAGCAUACUGUUUGUGACAACGAAAUAGAAAUCAGCUGGUUUAAGAAAAGUAAGUCAGGUGAUCUUCUUCACGUGCUUCCAGACGACAAAAUGCGCAAGGAAAAAUUUAUUUAUCGCAAAAUCGCCAUCAUAAAUAGUUUCAAAGAAUUGCCAACCUUUGACGAGCAACUGACUCUCUUUCAAAACAAACUAAAAGUCACCAAAACGCAGACGGAAGCAAAUAGAAAACUAAUUUACAACGAUUUAGCGGCAGCUUUAGUUACUAAUUUCCCGCAAAGCAUGAUCCAUUUUUUCGGUUCGAGCGUCACAGAUUUGGAUAUUCACGAUAGCGAUUUAAACAUUUACGUUGACAAUACUGACUCGCAGUUGGCGACACUGGAGCGUAUCAAAGAGCAAGUCGAGAGAAGCGAAUUUUUCGAACGGGUUUCGUUGUGUCUCGAUGGGGACUCUCCAGUGGUUAAAUUCGAGCACAAAAAGACUAAAAUUUUCUGUCAAGUCAGUAUUAAAAACGAGCUGCCGGUUGGUAACACCGAAUUAAUCAAAUUCUAUUUAAUGCUCGACGAGAAACUCAAACCUUUGAUUGUGUUGAUAAAAUUUUGGCUCGAUUGUUGUGGCCUUAGACACGAAAAUGGUUUGUCCAGUUACGCGAUUUGUUUGAUGGUACUGUUCUACCUCCAACAAGACCCUUACAAUUUACCUUCUGUGGCGGACUUGCAGACGGACUUACCACCGGAUGAAGUCGACGGCUGGAACUGUGCUUUCGGUCCGGUCGAAUUUACGAGUUCAAGUCUCGAAAACGCGACAAUUUUUGAAUUGAUGGUCGGUUUUUUGGAAUUUUAUAGCAAAUUCGACUACGCGUCGACGGUGCUAUCACCAUAUUGGGGUUCAGCGAUUGAAAAGAUUGGUUUUCUGAAACCGUACGAACUCCCGGACUGUUUUGAAAACUUUGUAAAUUCGGACGAGGUUUUCGUAGUGAAUUCUGGAAUUUGUGUUCAGGACGUGUUCGAGCAUUCGAAAAAUGUCUCCCUUUCGGUUGAUUUAUCAUCCGGUGCGAGAUUCACGGCUGUGUGUAGAAAGUCUUUAGAAUUAGCGCGCUCAAAUGCCAAAGGAAUAUUGUUUAAGUUGUUAGCGUCAGACGAGGAUUUAAAUGAGUUUUCUGUUAUUAAUGACGACUUCUGUGAUGAACACGAAUGGAUCGGGUUAAUUAAAUCUCUCGUUUCGACGAUUUUGAAACGGAUUUGUCGAUGUGAUAUUGUUGAGAAGAUUGAAGAAACUGGGGUUUGUUAUGAUUGUAGUGGAGAUUUUAAUGUUUGGGACGAUAGAGUUCAAACUUUGAAAAAUCUUCCUGUUGAUAGAAAAAUUAACACUGUUGAAAGAGAAGUGGCUGUGAGUUCGCAUAUAGUGAACAAUUCUUCCAAAGAGGCAACCUGGAAAAUGGCAGUUUCGUUAAAAUUUGACACAAAUCCGUCUAGAGUCAGUAUUAGUUUUAAGGAUGAAGAAAAUCUACCCCUGAUUUUGCACAUUCAACACUUUGUAUACGUUAGAUUAUUGGAGGCGCUGAAACACAAAGUCAAAAUAUGUAUAGACGAUUCAGAUAAUAAAAUUUUUGUAGCUAAGGAUGAGCCGAUAGUUUCAGAAAAAGUGACCAAGAAAGAUCCUGUAGACGAAAUCAAAAUUGAGAAAACUUCAACUUCUAAAGACUGUGGAGAUACUCAAGUUGUUACAAAUCAAAAUGAAACUGUUCCCACUGAAGUAGUAAAUUUAGACACUAACACCCAAGCAGGCGUCGACCCUUUUCUCUACUACCAGCUUCGUAAGAAAAGCUUCCUGACUUUCGAAAAGCAAGUAAACUUUUUCUACUGUCGCUUCCACACUUCUAAAACCACACUAAACGAGAUGUUGCAUGCUAUCUCUGCCGACUUAGGUCCGAUGUUCGAAUACAAGUUGUGCGGUUCCGGUUUUCUAGGCACCCAUAUCCCGAAAAGCGACAUAAAUAUUCAAAUAUACGACACCCCCGUGGUAAAAUUUCACCAGUUCCUUGUCGCCAAUGACAGGUUUGCGCAUGUCGCUCUUCAAGAAAACUGCAUUAAAUGCGUGCACCUCACCACCAACCUAAAAGUCACUUUUACCCCUAGAAAUUACACCUACGAACUGCUAGCACAUUACGCAUAUUCUGACGAAAAAAUUAGGUUUCUGAUAACAGUAGUCAAACAUUGGGCUCACUCUUGUCACAUAAUUCACACCAUCACGGGCUACAUGAUCACACUAAUGGUGCUUUUCUACCUACAAGUAGUCCACAAACUUCCCGCGAUGGCAGCUGUGCAAAAAACCACCACUCCGAAGUUUAAAAACAACUGGAAAAAAAUAGCCCCGUUGAAAAAGUCGAAUUUUGACUUGAUUGUGGGUUUUUUCAAGUUCUACGGCGAUUUCGAUUACUUUUCAAUGGUAGUGGCGCCUUUUUGUGGCAUCCCGAUUGCUAAAAGUCGCUUUUUGAAGCCGUUUUCGCUCCCGGAACAGUAUCAAUGUUACGCGAAACAAGACCGGGAGUUGGUGGUUGAUUCCGGGAUGUGCAUCCAGUGCCCGUUUGAACACACAAGGAACGUUUCUGCGUCAGUGCGAUAUUCCACGGCAGCCAGGUUUGCUGGACUUUGCAGAUAUGCGGAUCGGCAGCUAACUAAGAAAAACUUACUAGCUGAUUUAUUCUGGUUUUCUAAAAACUGCCAGCGUGCCAAGUUUGGGCUAAAACAACCGGCGCAAGUCACACUCGAUAAAUGGAUAGACUCAGUUAAGAAUUUUGUGGUGAUCAUUUUAACACAAGUGUUAGGUGGGAAGAUCGUACAUGAAGCGAAUCUCGGUAUUGGCGGGAUUACUGAGUACAAGUGUGAAGGUCCGCUCAAUGUAUUGGACAACCGAGUACAAACGUUCAAGAAAAUCUCGAAAGACUUGCAACCUGAUAUCAGUUAUCUUGAUCGAGAAGUCGCCCUGACGUCUCAAAUUUUGCAAAAUAGUGAUGUAAACCGUUGGCAAAUUGGGGUGCAAAUAAUUGUGAAAAAAACACUAUCGGUUGGUGUUUUGGUCAGCUUUAGUGGACCCUUGGAGUUGUGCUUCUGUCAUUUCGUGUACACCAGGUUGUGCAAGCUUUUAAGUGGGGAGCAAAACUCAAAACGUGCUGAAGCUACGAAUAAGAAUGUCGAUAAUAAGAACGUCCUUCCUGUGUCUGGUGGGUCUAAAUUUUCAAGUGACGAAGUGAAGCGAACUUGUGAAGAUGCUUUGCCGUCGUCAGAAGAACAGAAGAAGAAAUCACCGCCUGCGCCUUCUAUGGAAGGGGUAGAAGCCGGUUCUUCACUUUCUCUAAGUGACGAUAAAAUGCAGACUUCGAUUUUGUCUCCAAGUGAAACGCAGUCCGAAUUUAAAAAAAUCCCGAUUAAAAUAUCGCUUUCCGCCAAAGAUUCGUCGAAAAAAAAGACUGUAGUUUCGACUGAUUCAACGCCUACUUCAGCAUCUGAUUCUGACCAACCCAAACUCGCCAUCCUCCAAGAAACCCAAAACUUGCCCACUUUCGCCGCACAAACUUCACACUUCUGCACGAAAUUACUCCAGGACGAAAAAACCACCCAAGCCCGUCAGUGCGUCAUCGAGCGCGAUUUAAAGAACGCGCUCGUGUUUAAAGCCCCCUACAAAAAAAUUUUCUUCUUCGGUUCUUCAGUAACGGGGUUGGUGACGGAAGGUGGCAGCUUCGACAUCCACGUGACCUCCAACUCACCACGAAACAAACUCACAAAAACCAUCGUAGACGCCCUAGUUGCCAAUUCGAAAUUCGAAAAACCUGCCCGACUUAAGUCUUUCGUUCAUUGUAGACACACGGAAACGAAAGUCAACUGUCACGUGUACAUAAACGAGGAACUACUGACCAGCAGGAGUCGCCUGGUUGAAUAUUACGUGUCUUUGAGCCCCAAGGUGCGUCAGUUGUUCUUCGUGAUUAAGUGUUGGUGGGAGUUCAACAACGUGAAAGAGAAUGCUAAUUUGUCUAAGUACGGUUUGUAUUUAAUGGUAAUUUUUUACCUCCAACAAGAACCGUAUUACUUUCCGUCGGUUAGUAAUCUCCAGGAGAGAGCAAAUCCGGAGUUAGUUGGUGACUGGAAUGUUGCUUUCGUACCUUUGAAAUUUACUAGUCAAGCUUUGGAAGCUGCCACCAUCAACGACUUAGUUUUUGGUUUUUUUCAAUUUUAUUCGACUUUCGACUUUUAUUAUAACGUAGUUGCACCCUAUUCGGGUUCAGCGAUCCCCAAAGUUUGCUUUGUCAAACCUUUUGAUUUACCACCUUGCUACGACUUACUGGUUAAGUCGGGUUUUACUAUGACUUUGGGUUUCGGUACCUGGGUCCAGGACCCGUUCCAACACACCGAAAAUAUCGCGGAUUCUAAAAACAUCCAGUGUGUUGGUAAAUUCUCAACACUGUGUCGAGGCGUUGUUGAAGUCGACCCGUCCGAAAAACAACUCCUACACAGACUGAUGGUACAAUGUAACAACAUCGAAGCAGUCGAAAUCGUGAAAAAACCAACUUUUGAGGAACAAACCUGGAAACAGACCGUCAAAAACGUGCUAUUCACCAUAAUUACAAAAAUACUGUGUUGUGAGGUUAUUGACGUGCAAGAGAGUACAUUGAGCAGGGUACCCCCUGUCAAAGACAAGCCCCAGGAAAAAGAACAAACCACAAUAGUGUGUCGAGGAACGAAAGAAAUAUGGUCGGACCGAAUUGCUAUUUUAAAAUCGUGGCAACCUGACACACCGUCUAGUUGUUUCAACAUGGACUUGUUUGUUUCAAGCGUCAUAAAGAACGACAAUCAACGAAACUGCGAGUUCGAUUUGACAAUAAAGGUGGUGUUUUUGACAAAUCCGACCAGUGUGAGGGUCACAAUAUUGCAGCCAAAUUUGUCACAUUUCAACCAUUUUUUGUACACGAGGAUCGUGGAGGGGGUGUGUGUGGCGGAACUAAAGAGGCAAAUACACAGUCCUUUGCAGACAAGCCCGAUACGUGAGCACUCAAAGUCCGCUACUAAGGUCUGCGAGUCUUACAAAAUCCUAGUGAAAGGUAAAUUCACGUACGCACAAAUCUGCCGAGUCCACGACUAUUUUUCAAAGUUUGGCAAAAUCGUGGACGUGAAGGUCCUAGGACAGGAGAAAAACCUUGCAGUGGAGUAUUGUUUCGCAGAGUCUGACGUUUAUUUUCAAGUUAUACAAAAAGAGCAUUGUCUUUUCGGUUACAAGUUGAAAAUAGUUCCACUUGUCGCUUUAAGUGCGACAAUACCAACUCUGACGUUUGAAGACCGCAAACUAUCGAUUAUUUACAGCACGGUGAAGUGCUCGACUUUCGAGCAACAAGUGAACAGGUUAUGGAACCGGGUUAAUUCCCGGGAAGAAAAAAUCGAAAAAAAGUACCAAACUAUUCUGAGCGACUUUCGCACUGUUUUGUCAGACGAGUUUGGGUCCAGUAAUGUCUCCCUAGGUCCUAAUAUUGGUGGCAAUUUAGAGGUGUAUAUAGAAAACGUAACUGACGCAGCGUUAAAAGUCGCGAAACAUUUGCUGAAUACAAGUCCAAAGUUCAGCUUUGUUUCCUAUGCUCCUCGACCCAAUAACUUUAUUACUUGUCAGCAUGACCAAAUGAAAGUCAAGUGUGAUUUACGAAUCAGAAACACACUCGUGACAAGUCGCCACCGUUUGAUUCAAUAUUACUUAAGUUUAGAUAGUAAGGUCCCUAAGUUGGUGCUUUUACUUAAGUACUGGGUGGACUAUUACGACUUGGCGGAUGCGUUUUCAGACGACGCUGUCUCCCUACUGGUCAUUUUUUACCUGCAACAAGGACCAUACAGCUUGCCUUCAGUUAAAAAUCUACAAAGUAGUGCUAGUCCUCAAAUCGUGGACGGUUGGAACUGUGCUUACGCCGAAAUCCCCGAAUUCACUAACUCGGUUUUGAAAUAUACCCCAAUUUUAGAUUUAUUGAGCGACUUUUUCAAAUUUUAUUCGAAUUUUGACUACGUCACGUACGUGAUAUCACCAUACUUUGGUUCACCUGUCCAGAAAAUACGUUUUUUGAAACCUUACGCGCUUCCACCCGGUUUUAACUAUUUCAGAACACAUGGAAACGAUCUUAGUGUGACUUCGGGUGUUUUCGUUCAAGACUUCUUCCAACACAGUCUCAACCUUACGAAUUCUGCCACCCUAGAUUGCAUGGGACGCUUCACCCAUGUUUGCAGAAAAUCACUCCAAGUUUUAAACUCGCCAAAGAAGUUUCUCCUGGGUGAACUUAUGCUAAUCGCGCAACGUAGCAUUUUCGACAACCCGGAAUUCCAAAUCACUAAAAAAGUCUAUCGUGACGAAGUGGAGUGGGUUCAAACUACUCAGACUCUCACGGCGAAAAUUUUAUCAGACGUUUUGAACUAUAAGUUGUCGACAAAACCCACUGGUUUUGAGUGUGUGGGACAAAACAACGUCUGGGAUAGCCGCAUCAAGGCGAUGAAGACUUUAGGAAUGUCGAGGCUUCGAGGGGUCGAAAAAGAAGCAGCUGUCACUACGCAAGUUAUCAUAGGCCAUCCGGAAGAAGUGACUUGGAGGUUGUUUGUGGAUUUGAUUUUCACGACAGAGCCGUGUGGUGUGAAGGUCGUUUUUAAAUUGAAUCCGGGUUUUAAUGUCUACCACGUUUGUCACUUUCUGUACACUAGGUUGGGGAAGUUUUUGGAUAACGUGGAGGAUUGUCUGGAUGUGGUGGAAGUCGAGGAGUGUGACUUAGAAGCUGAAGAGGUUGUUGUAAUAGAUUUAACCGACGAUGGUGAUGUUAAGGUACAACCCGAAACUAGUGACUGUAGUGAAAUUGAAGUAAACACAGGCAAAAUAGAAACAGAAGAAAAACCACCAGAUACUAGUGACACAAUUAUUCUCGACGAAACUAAAAACGAGGAAACACCAGAUGUAGAAGACACCAAGCACAAAGACACUCCAAGUCGUAAAAGAAAAAGAAGUAACGUUUAUGAAGAGGAAGACGACGAUGUUCCGUCUGACUUCUUUGACGAUUUUGCGAACGAGGACUUUCUGGAUGGUUUAGAGAUCGUGGACGCUUGUGACGACAAAUCCACUAGUGAUAAAGUAUCGAGUGAAUCUGAUAAGGAAAAAUCACUGACGAACGAACCUCGUAAAGUUAAGCCACGCAUGCGCAGUAAGUCAAGGUCUCGAUCUAAAUCGCGUGACAGAAGUAUGAAGAGGUCCCGUGGGAAAGACAGUCCUGAAUACCGGUCUAGAAGACACAGGACACCAACAAAACCGAAAAUUGUCUAUAACGUCUCACCUAGUACCCCGAAACGAGGAAAAAGGAGCGAGAGUCGUGAAUAUCGCCCUAGAAGACGCGCUAGGACUCCAACAAGAACGAAUUCAACUAGGCCCCGAAGUCGGACUCCUUCACCCUGCGACCAGAAGCGACGAAGAAGCUCGGACUAUCGUCGCAGGAAGCCCAGUUCGAGCAGCGAUGACGCUAGAACUAGGCUACAACUCCAGAACGCCCUGCUGGAGGAAAUCAAAAGGAAGAUCAAUGAAGUUCGACCAGUACAACCAAUGCCUACGCCUCACAUUUCUCUCUCGAUCCCUCCUGCGCACUCCCAGCAUCCUGUGAAAGUCCAAAUUUAUGACAACACUGCUUUUGUUGGUAAUGCCAAUCCAACCCAAGCGUUUUACCCACAACCAGUAUUCCGACCACAACUAAUAUCGCCUCCCAUCGCCACCCCAUCGCCAAAAACUGCGCCUUUCAACAAAAAUCCGGAAGAAGAUUUGGUUAAACUGCUCAAGGAGGGGCGACUUUCGCUUACUGAUUAUUUAAUGACUGCUGCUACUCCCAAAGCUUCAAGUUCCACGAGUUUAAAGCACCUUCGGGAGAAAGUAAAAGUACUGUGCCAUUGCCAAGACAUAAUUAAGUUUCUCAAGCCUGAUCAGGGGCGCCUAAUCAGGCAAAACGCGCCUCCAAAGCAACGAAAAUAUCAGUCGCCGUUGAGGACAGCGUUGGCGCUUAGGUUUAGGUUUACGUCGCUGCCGGAGCGACCCGUCAAGGAUCCAUACUCUGAUGCUCUGUGUAAGGUUCUUCAGAAAGGGGGUAUAGAGGGAAAAUUUGGAGACAAAGAAAACCAGAGGGCCGUAGACAAAGUUACUGAAGCCUUAGAAGCACUGAAGAAAGCCUUGUCAGAUGCGGUGGAUAAGUGAUUUUCAGUUUUGACAGUUUGAUUUGUGGGUAAAUGUUGGAGUUUAUUUUUGCAUUAUUUUUAUGUUUAGUUUAUUAUAAAUGUAUAUAGAGAAUGUUGUGUAAAUAAGAUUAUAAUAAAUAUACGAUUAUGUUUUUA